UAUUCACUAGGCUUCAUUUUCUGAUUUCCACUGCAGAGACCAAGUGAUGUUAGACGCAGUAUUUUUAUUGUAUUAUUUGUAUUCGACAACUAGUACGCGAUAUAUGGUUUGUUCAUUUAGCACAAAAAAUUAGUGAUCGUAUUAAACUAUAAAAAAGCGAUUCACUUAAUAAUAAUAGUUUCUAUACUGGAUCUAUAUCAUUGUGAACUAACAUGUGAACUUUAUUACAUGUCUUAUUAUGAUAUAUUGUUUUAUAUAAAUAAUAUCGUCGUUAUACAAAAAAAUGGGUUGCUUAUAUUCCAAAAAUCGAAAGGAUGCGUUGCGUAAAAAUAAGACUGUAAAUACACAGCCACGCAGAAAAUAUUUACCUGAUAAAACUGGUGAUGAAAAUGAAAAUGGAAAUAAUAAAGGAAGUAAUCUACCAGAAUUUACAGAUGAACAAAAAGAACUUGUUCUCGAAUCAUGGAAAGAAGUAAAGGUUGAUAUGGAUAAAGUUGGAAUACAAAUGUUUAUGAAAUUGUUUGCAAGCCACCCUGACGUUCAGGAUGCAUUUACAACAUUUAAAGGGAUGAGCCCCGAAGAUCUUACCCACAGUAACCAAUUACGGUCUCACGCUAUGCGUGUCAUGGGAACUGUAGACAAGUGCCUUACAUGUAUUAACGAACCUGAUACAAUGUAUAAAACACUGCACGAGCUCGGUGCACGUCACGUGAUGUAUACGGCAAAGGUCGAUUACAUGGAUCUGAUUGGACCGCAGUUUAUACUGGCUAUACAGCCAGUUAUUGGUGAAAAUUGGAAUUCAGAACUGGAGCAAGCCUGGUCAGACCUUUUUAAACUUAUAGCCCAUAUAAUGAAAGCAGCAAUGACGUUUUACUAGCAAGUUAUAUCAUUUACUCGUACACUUACCAGAUGUUCAGGGUCGGGAACAUGCUACAGCUUAUGCAUUAAUAAAGCAUUACUUUUUUUCAUGUAAUGCCAAGUAUUGAUGAAUGCCAAAGUUUUAGCAUUUAAAUAAUGCAACUAUUACUAAAGCCGAUACUGGAACAACUGAACUCGUUAUUUGUAAAACUACAUAUAUGUUCUGUAUACAUAUAGCUAAAUGUUACAACAUAUUAUAUAAUUAUUUUGCAUUUACUAAAUUGAUAAAAAAAGUUUUUUAUAAAACAUAUGUAGAAAAAAAAACUCACUUGAUUGUUUUCAUGUAUUUCGAAAAGGUUUAUGGGAUUAAAAAUAUUGUUCAUCCAUUUAAAUAUUCAAUUGAUUGAUUAGCGUAUGCUGUACCAGCUUAGAACGAUUAACAUCUCCUUUUAGUUUGUGUUUGUAUUAUAAUACAACUGAAUAGGUGCGGGAACUCAUGAAAUGACAUAAGCUGAAGACUGAGUGUGUUGUAGUUUGAUUUGAUGAUGUUACAUUUUAUGGUUCCUCUGUUAUUGUAUUUGGUUCACAUUAUUGUUAUACAGGUGUUGUUGCGUGUUCUCUUCACUAAAACAAUGCCUAUGUAAAUGCAUGAAAAAAGAGCCAAAUUGUUUUAUGACUUACAUAGGUAAAUGAGUAAUGUUAAACAAAGCCAGAUCCUUUUCAAACAUCAUUGUAUUUUUAUGAAAUUUUGUAAUUAUCUCCCCUUAUGGAAAACCGUUUAGUUAGGUUUGUUUUUCAAUAAAAUGUCCUCUUUACUUUUAUUUUGGUAGUUGUUAGGACAUUUAAAAGAUCUGAUAAAAGUUUUUAAGCCGCAUAAGUAUUAUCUUUAGAAGUGGUUUAUGUUCACUCUAUCUCAGUACAGAAAAAGGGAGAUAAUCUUAACUUUCUAUUUGAUUGCUACUGUAACUAUUACUGUACAUUUUUGUAAUGUAAGACUAGGAUCCUGUGUUUCUAUUUUAGGUUUACUACAUAGGUGUCUGCGUUGCUUGCCUUGUUGGUAAUAAACUUAAUAUGUAAUAAUAACGUUUUAUGUUAGUUCAGUCAAAAUUAAACAUCAGAUUCUGUAAAUAUUGCAAAUCAAAAUCGAACAUGUAAAACGUGCUCACUGAAUAUAAUAAGCAGAUAACGUUUUGAAAAUGAUCGAAUUCAGACUGAGUAACGUUAAAGAGGAUUGAUUGACUUUUGCUACUUGAAUAUAGAAGUACGGUUAAGUAAUUAUGUGAAAAGCAUUUGCUAUUCUUCUGAUGUAUUUAGAACGUUCUCUUAGACGUGAAAACAAAUGUUAAAAAAUAUUAAACAGUCUUAAAAAAUUAUAAUGGAUUUGCACAUAUUUUUAAAACUAGCAUGACUUUCCAGUUAGACCAGUCUACAAUUUUCACUGUUUGCAUUGUUCUCCGUGCUUCCGAGGGAUCUACUUUCCAGAUUAUAUUCUCUACUAUUGUCAAUGCCGAAAGGACAUCAAAUUUUUCAUCGGCAUAACUAUUUCUAUAAAAGUCCAGCGAACAGUUCUUUGCAAAGCUUACAUUCCAUAUGAAGAUUUCAAAGACAGUCAUUUAUCUAGUUCAUAUUCAUCGCAGAUGAAAUAUAUGUAAUGCAAAUUCUGUAGUAUUUUGAUAACUGCCUAACCUUUAAGUGUCCGUAAAAUAGGCUAGUAAUUUAUGUUUUCAGAAGGUCAAAAGUAUAAAAAAAAAAUGCAUUAUUUACGUACGUUUCUGUCAAAAUUGAUUUUCAAACAAAACGCGAGCGUUAUGGUUUCCGAAAAUGUUUUCCCAUGAGCUUUGCAUAUUAUCAAACGAUUAAAAGAUUCAUUGAUAUUUGCAAAGGGGGCAAUUUAUGUGUAAUGACUACUCAAAAUGAACCAAUUUAAAGACAUAUCUUUUGUCUAAUGCCAGCGAUGAUUUUUAAAAAAAAUUUCGUAAAUUUAUGAAAAUUAUUUUACAUAUGUGUCAAAUCUUGCCUUUAAAACAUUAUGUUCUUCAUCUCUGAAUGCUGUUUUUAUGUUUUUGCAAAUAUUUUUUGCGGGUUUGUAAGAUAAGGCUUUAACUGCUCUGAAGGACGGGAGUCAAGUGUUUUGAAAUACAUGCACAUAAGUGAAACACACCAGUAUAACUAUGAUCAAAUAAUGAUCUUGGCUCAAAAAAAAGUUAAUGAUAUUAAGGCACUUUAUAGCAACUAUUUCUCACACAGUAUCAUUAUACAACCAAUUGCAUUAAUAUCAAUUCCUAAUGAAUACAGAUCAAGCAGAUUUGAGAGAAACUGGAGUGGCAUUUCAUAUAGUUUACAAAAAGAUCGCAUCAAAUGAGAUUCAGACAAAUAAUUGGUGUGUUUCACUUCUGUAGUUUGUUUUUGUGUGGAACAUGAAAAAGGACAAACGAAUUUCGCAAUAUGUUUGUAAUGUGUUUGGUUAUAUUGACAGAGAAAAAUAUCAAAUACGUUUUGUUAAAAGUUGUAUGUUUGAUUGUAAAUAAAUCUAUAUCGAAACUAACAUUUUCAGUUAAAUGUAUUGAUGAAUGUAUGUGUAUUUUAUUCAUAUCUUCCUUUAGGGAAAAUCUUCAAAUAUAGUUUAUUGUUAAUAACUGAUGUAGCGACUGUGUAUUUGUAAUAAUUGUUAUCGAAAAUGGCGCCAGGUAAACAUGUAGUGAAGUGUAGUAAAUAUUUUGUUCCGUUUGAAUCAUCGGGAUUUUCACUGUGUUCCCUUUUAACUACGAUGAUGAGGGUCGAAGUAAUGAUUGAGAAAAAUACGAAGGUACGAAGAUAAAAAACAUAAAAUCGCGAAACCACGAUGGUGAAAACGCACUAUAAUUUAAAAGUUAUCACCAUCUUGGUUUCGAGUUUUGUCAUCAAGAUUUUGACAAUGUGGUCCCGCAAUUUCAUCAUCGUAAAUUCAUAUUUCAUCUAGAUAUUUUUCAGCUUGAAACUAGAAUUUAUCGAUUGAUAUUUCUAUCGCUGUGUUCAUUUUCGCAUUGAGUAUUCUUUGUAUUAAGUAUAAUGUUCAUUUUACAUGCGUCUGUCACACGUACUAUGUGUAUUGUAAGAACUUGCCAGACAACACAUACUUUUUGUUUGUGAUACUUUUUAAUAAAUUGAAUUAUCUAAUGUUUGAUUUUGUAC